AUGUCGUCCAAUCCGUCACCAGAGAGCGUCGCCUCAGGCAACAUCGCGGAUCCUGGGAUAGCACCCCGCCAAGUCGUCCAACGAGCAGAUGGCACAGAUGUCGAACUCGUCAGCUUUCCUCCGGGAGACCCUGAAAAUCCGCGUAACUGGCCGACAUGGCGGAAAUGGUCCAUCGUGAUCGCGAUCACGCUCAUUGAUCUCACCGUCAGCUUCACAGCGUCUGGGUUUUCGCCUGCAGCUGGGAAGUUUGCCAAGGACUUCGGGGUGUCAGGUGAAGUCGGAACGUUGGGAUUGAGCCUGUGUGUAUUAGGGUUUGCGUUAGGGCCGAUGACUUUGGCGCCGCUGUCCGAGUAUUAUGGACGAUCUCCUAUUUACAUCAUCUCCUACGGCGUCUUCCUGUUCUUUGUACUCGGUACCGCCCUCGUCCACAAUCUGGGUGGCUUUCUAGUCCUGCGAUUCCUAUCUGGAUGGUUCUCUGCUGUGACGAUAGCCAACUUCGGAGGAACAAUUGCGGACAUAUUUGAACCGCACGAAACAGGACCAGCUAUGAGUCUUUUUUUGUGGGCCGCUACGGUAGGGUCUCCGUUAGGCUACUUCCUCUUCUCUUGCAUUGCGCAGUACAAAGGUUGGAGAGAUAUUUUCUGGGCUCUGCUCGGAAUAUGUGGCGGCCUCUGGUUGAUCAUGACUGCGACGCUGAAGGAGACGAGACACAGUGUAUUGCUUCUUCGGCGUGCAGCCCGUGAAAGAAAGCAAAGAGGUACAGAUGCUAUUGAAGUCCCAGAUUCGAUGAAGCAGAGAGGACCGCGGAAGUUGUUCAAGACAGCGCUCUUGAGACCGUUCAGGUUUCUCUUCACAGAAGCCAUCAUUUUCUUUGGAGCGUUAUACAAUGGCUAUCUCUAUGGGCUCAGCUUCCUUUUCAAUGGUGCUUUCUCAUUAGUGUUCGGGAUGGGAGGCCAUGGGUUCGAUGUCCUUGGUGUUGGACUUACAUUUCUCGGGAUCGUCGUGGGCAUCAGCAUUGGCCCAAUCACAAAUAUCUGGCAAGAACGAUAUUACCAGCGGAGAAUUGCGCAGGUGGGCGGUAAGAACGUGCCAGAGGCACGUGUACAGUUGGGUCGAAUAGCCGGAAUUACCUUUCCUAUAUCGCUGUUUUGGUUCGCAUGGACUUCUUACAAAAACGUACACUGGAUUGUCCCGAUAAUAGCAUCCGCGCUAUGGGGAUGGUCCUUCUAUACCUUGAUCUUGAUGACGUACAACUACACUGAAGACUCAUACAAAGUCUUCAGCGCCUCCGCACUCGCAGGCCUCGGCCUUGUCCGCAACGUAGCGGGUGCUGGCUUUCCGUUAUUUGGACAGCAGAUGUUUAGCUCUCUAGGAAAUCAAUGGGCUGCUAGUCUUCUUGCAUUCUUGGCCGUACUUCUGGUCCCAAUUCCUUUCAUACUUGAAAGAUAUGGACGGGCGUUAAGAUUCAGAAGCCCUUGGGCGAAGCAGCACAUGGAUGACUUGACGGAAGAGGAGGGAUCUUGUAUGCCUAAAGAUCCCGGGAGCGAAUCCUGA